AUGGCGCCCCCUAAAGCAACGAUCAACGACGACCAUUCCGCUCCUGACCUGGAGAUUGCCGGUAGCCAGCUCAAAAUCCACCCAUCUGGUUUCACAGGUGGCCCCGAAGCUCAGCAUGAACAGAUCACCGAACGAAACAUCGUCAGCCACAUGGCCCGCUUUCGCGAAAACCCCCUCGAUUUCCUCCGCGAAGUCAGUCUAUACAUGUCGGGAACAGGCUGGCGCGCGUACGAUGACCCCAUCGGCCAACCGGUAUUCUACCCCGGCUUCUCAGAGCGAAUGAAAUCCUCCAUAGUGUCAAGUACUAUGCUGCAAGAGAAAGUCCGGGAGCUGGCAUUCAGUCGACUGACAGUCGAAGAGAAAGAGGGUUUGAUCGCGAUUAAUGAAGGCAAAACGUUCGAUGAGAAGCGAGCUCGUCGCCGUCAUGAAAUCGAGUCCAGUCUUUGGGAAGUGGUGAAUACAAUGAUGGACAAUAUGAUCUGCAAGAUGGAAAGCAAGACGUUCAUUCGAACCGCAUACUACAUGUGUACCCAGCUUCUUACCCGCGCUUACCACCAGGGCAUCCAUGUCUCCAGCGAAGAGGUUCUGCGUCUUCGAUCUGUCGCUGAAGCCGCAGCCAAGAAAAAACAGUCUAUUGUGUUCCUGCCUUGCCAUAAGUCUCAUGUUGACUAUGUUUCUUUGCAAAUCAUUUGCUAUCGUUUGGGCAUCGGGCUCCCCAUUAUUGUUGCUGGCGACAACUUGAAUAUCCCGGUCCUUGGUCCAUUCUUACAACAUGCUGGUGCCAUGUGGAUUCGACGCAGCUUUGGAAAUGAUCCCUUGUACCAAACCGUUGUGCAGGCAUACAUUGACACACUCCUCCAAGAAGGAUUCAACUUUGAGUGUUUUAUCGAGGGCGGCCGCUCUAGAACAGGAAAACUCCUUUCUCCCAAGUUCGGAAUUCUCAACUUCAUUGUCGACAGUGUCUUAUCCGGCCGGGUGGAGGAUACAAUUAUUUGCCCAGUCAGCACACAAUACGACAAAGUCAUUGAAACCGAGUCAUAUAUCAGUGAACUUUUAGGACAACCGAAACAAAAGGAGAAUCUAGCUGACUUUAUUUCGUCAUCUUCGGUUUUAUCUCUCAAAUUGGGCCGUGUGGAUAUUCGCUUCCACGAGCCAUGGAGUUUGCGCGAAUUCCUGGGACAGCAGAUAACUCGCCUCAACAUGGCAGAUCUAAAGCCGAACGAGAAGUUAGCUUCAGCUGAGCGAGGCCGAAUUCUAAGAACCUUGGGCUACAGAGUUCUAUCUGAAAUCAACGACGUUUCCGUGAUGAUGCCAACUGCGCUUGUUGGUACUGUUUUGUUGACUCUACGUGGUCGAGGAGUCGGGAAAGCUGAACUCGUCCGACGCUUGGACUGGCUUUGUGGCCGCGUUCGCGCUAAGGGAGGCCGAGUUGCUCAUUUUUACCGUUCACCAACCGAAACGGUUGUAGAUCGAGCUCUUGAUGUCUUAGGACCGAAACUAGUCGGCACAAUCCCAGGCUUGGCGGAGCCAACCUACUAUGCUGUUGAUCGCUUCCAGCUAUCCUUCUAUCGAAACAUGCUCAUUCAUCUGUUCAUCACCGAAGCCUUGGUAUCAGUCGCAAUGUAUACGAAAAUCAAGCAAGGUGGCGGUCCCACUAACCAACGCAUCGAGUAUGAAGCCUUGAGGAACCAGGUCUUGUUUCUAUCCCAGCUUUUCCGUGGAGAAUUCAUUUUCCCGCCAGAGGGCUUAACCACCAAUUUAGAAAAAACAUUGCAGGGAUUAGUGGAUGACAACGUUAUUCAUGUUACUCGCGAUGCUUCCGGUACGCCUCAAUACGUCGAACUAAGCGAGGCCGAACGCCUUUGCGGUCGCGAAAACUAUGAUUUUUAUUGCUUCCUCAUCUGGCCCUUCAUAGAAGCAUCAUGGCUCUGUGCCGUAUCUUUGCUUGGCUUAACACCUUCUCUUGACGGCCCCAAGGAAAACUGGGUUGAUGUGAAGAAGGCGCAAGAUAGUGCACAGCUACUUGGCAAAACUCUGUACCACCAAGGGGAUCUUUCUUACUUUGAGGCUGUCAACAAGGAGACUCUUAAGAACUCAUAUCAAAGAUUUGAAGAAGAAGGCAUAAUUCUUGUUGCUAAAGUGAAGGAUUCGAAGGCAGGCCCUACGUUAAAACUUGCACCAGAGUGGGCUCCAGAGAGAGAUCCAAAUACAGGCAAAGUUUUGCCCCAUGGCCGACUGUGGGAUUUUACGGAACUUAUAGCGCAAUCCCGUCGCGAAGGCAAAAAUCGCCGUGACGGCGCUACUGUUUCCUCGCGUGUCUUGACCAUGUCUGACAUUGUUGGACGACAACUUUUCUACAACGCGGCUGCACCUGCAGCCGCCGAUGUUUCCUCAAAGCAAAUGCGCCGUAAGGCCAUUGGUACAGAUUCGAAGCUGUAA